CACCCUACAUAAUUAAAAAAUAUCAAUUUCAGAUUUUCUCCCAAGAAUUGCCCUAAUAAUCACCCCCUUUUCUUGCUCGUGAUCUGGGAGGAAAAAUCCGUCAAUUUAAUCCAGUUAGCUGUUGCAAACAACAGAGUUACUUUGCCUGAUAGGUAUAUGCAAUGGCAAAGGGGAAACUUAUCUUGAUUUGUCAUUCGGGUGGUGAAUUUGUGACCAAUGAUGAUGCUACCAUGUCAUAUAAUGGAGGAGAAGCAAAUGCAAUAAAUGUCACCUCUGAGACUCUAUUCAAUGAUCUUCAGCUACAAUUAGCAGAGGCGUGUGAUUUUGACCAGAAGACAGUGACUGUCAAAUACUUUCUCCCCAGAAACAAGAAAACCCUUAUAUCUGUAAAGAACGACAAAGAUGUAAGAAGAAUGAUCGAUUUUUACGUGGAUGCUUAUACAGCAGAUGUCUUCGUGACGGGGACACCAGGUUUUGAAGAUAUUGCCAUUAUUAACUUGCAAUCCAACAAUAUAAAUGAAGUGUUGAACGUUGAUGAUGUGGUUAAGAAGAUAACAGAGUCUGUAAACCGUGGUAGAUUGCGUACCAAGAAAGAUGAUAAGGUGCCAGAAAGUCCCCCAGUUGAAAGGAAACGUCGUGCAACCGCGGCUGCUGCUAAAACCGCAGUGGCUUCUGAUGACAAUCGAGAUGGCGCUACUGACAUGUCAGAUGGUGGCAAGUCAGACUGUUCUGCCAAUGAAAAUUCCUCAAGUGAUUCUCCUGACUAUGUCUGCGAGAAGGGAGAUUCUGGUUCUGGUUCUGGUUCUGGUUCAGACUAUGAACCUAAACGGUCAUCAGUCCAGAGAAAACGGAACAGUCAGAGUGAAAUGAAUAUUGAUGUUGAAUCUAGCCCUGCUGUUAUCGUAAAGAAGAGGAGGUGCACCCCAACUUGGAAGUUUGGUCCCAAUGGCCGUCCCACAAUUGUUUCCUUCCCCGAUGAAGAAUUUUAUGGGCCUAAAUCUCCAGGAAAGAGCGAGAAAGCUGAGAACUCCGGAGGAAGAGAUUCACAGGGAAAGAGUAGCAGGUUGGCUGCAAAAGGCGAUAGUUCUGACAAAAUCAGAUCAGGAAUAGAGAUAAAUGUGUCACCUGCUGCAAAAAGCGAUAGUUCUGACAAAAUCAGAUCAGGAAUAGAGAUAAAUGUGUCAGUAGCUGAUGACAAUGAUCAAGAACUUGAUAUUUCUUCUGGGAAUCAAAGUGAUUGUUCCAUUUCAAACGAUCAUGCCCUCCCUGAAACUGUGGUUGAUUCAUGGAAGUUGGCCAUCACUGGCGUCGGUCAGAAAUUUGAUAGUGUAAAUGAGUUCCGCGCUGCAUUGAAGAAGUAUGCCAUAGCAAAUCAAUUCGGGUAUAGGCUUAGAAAAAACGAUUCAACUUGUGCCAUUGGAGGAUGUGCUUCCGAAGGAUGUAAUUGGGAGAUCUCUGCAAAGUGGGUCCCGACCUUCCAAUCAUUUAUGAUAGAAAAGCUAAACAAUGUACAUACAUGUGACAAGGACUCCCGGAUAUCAGCUCACCCGGCUAGCAAUUGGUUGGUAGAUACCAUAAAAGAUAAGCUGCAAGAAUCACCAUAUCUAAAACCAAAAGAGAUUGCUAACAAACUUUCACAGGAUUUCGGUGUCGAGGUUAAUUCUACACAAGUAUGUCGUGUGAUCGGGGAUGCCUGGGAACUCCUUCACGGGUCACCUAAAGAUUCAUAUAACAAGUUACCUUGGUUUUGUCGGAUCCUUGUCAAGACAAAUCCUGGUAGUAUUGCUAACCUCGUGAUUAGUAACAACAGAUUUAAGUCCCUUUUUAUUUCAUUCUACGCAUCAAUCAAUGGAUUUCAGAAAGGGUGUCGACCUCUUAUUUUCUUGGAAGCUGCUUCUCUGAAGUCUAGGUAUGGAGAGAUUCUUCUCACCGCUACUGCCAUUGAUGGAAAUGAUGGGUUUUUCACGAUUUCCUUUGCUAUAGUAGAUGUCGAGGAUGAUGACAGUUGGCAUUGGUUUUUGGAGCAAUUAAAAGCUUCAAUCUUGAACUCACGGCCCAUCACUUUUGUGAUUGAUAGAGAUAAGAACUUGAAGAAUUCUGUGCGUGCAGUUUUUGAAAAUGCGCAUGUUGGUUACUCCAUAUACCAUUUGUUGGCAAGUUUUAAGGGAGACAUAAAGGGUCCGUUUCAUGGAGAUGGGAAAGGAUUCUUAAAUGUUCAUCUCUUAGCUGCAGCCCAUGCGGUCCGUCCUGCUGGGUUCAAGAAGUCAACAGAACAUAUUAAGCUGAUAUCUUCUCAGGCGUAUGAUUGGGUCAUGCAAAGUGAACCUGAACAUUGGGCUACUUCAUCUUUUAAGGGUGAAAGGUAUAAUCACAUCAUUGAAGAUGUUGGUGAUUCAUAUACUAAGUUAAUGGAGGACCACAGGUACUUGCCAAUAUUAUCAAAGAUAGAUGCUUUAAUACGUAUAAUGAUUGAUCAGGUGAAGGAUGCUAAACUGAAUGCAAGCAUGUGGUCAACACAACUUACCGCGUCAAAGCAGAAAGAACUGGAAGAAGAAAAAGCCAAAGCACGUGGGCUGAAAGUCUUUAUUUCUUCUGAUACGUUGUUUGAGGUUCGUGAGGUUAUAACCCAUGUUGUCAAUGUUAGUGAUCAGAGUUGCACAUGCACGAGGUGGAAGGGAAGGGGUCUACCAUGCCGCCAUGCUCUUGCUGUCUUUUCACUGACGGGUAGGAACAUGUAUGAUUUUUGCUCUAGCUAUUUCACAACUGAUGCCUAUUGUCUAACCUAUGCUGAGUUCAUACACCCAAUACCCAUUAAUGAGCAACCUCCGCGGAACCCUAAGGAAAAAUCUCAAAAAUCAAAAGGUGAAAAGGAGGAGUGUGAAACUGAUAGAGAGGAGACAUAUGUGGAAGAGGGUGAAAACAUGGAGGUUCAGAAAGAUGAGAGUAUUAAGGAAGGGAAUGAUAAAGUCAAGGGUAGCAAUGCAGAUUCUAAAAAGGAAGAGGGCUGUAAGUUGGAUGCAGACAAAGUUGAGGGUGGUGAUGUAGAUUCUCAGAGAGAUGAAGGUGCUGCUGAUCUAGAUGUCAGAGAAGAUGAGGGAAUUGAUGUACAUGCAGAGAAAGAUGGGGGUGGUAAUGUGGAUGCGGAAAAAGAAGGUGGUAAGAUGGGAAAACUUAGAGAAGAACAUGAGGAUCCUUGUGUGCUUGUGCUUCCUCCCAUUCCAGCAAAAAUAUCUUCUUCCUUAAUGAAAAAAUAGUGUUGAAAACUUGAAAUAGAGGGCGAAAUGAAAAAAUAGAUACUUGUAGCAAGUGCAAGCAACCUGGGUAUUAUGAGAAAUCUUGCACGCAAAAAAAUUGUAUGUAGGUAUAUUCAGUGUCUAUCUUCUUGUAUAUAUCUUACGAUUCUAUUUUAUGCA